UAAAAAUACAUGUAAACUAAUUGCUUAAGUUAUAAGCAAUAAUAAUAAAAAUAAGUUGUAGUGAAAAUGCAUCAUUUACCCCGCAAAGUCGAAGUGACUAUUAGGAGCUUUUAUAUCUUCAAUACCACCUAUGGUCAAAAGGAGGGACAGGAAAAGGAAAAAAUAUUGUAUUAUUAUCCCAAGGAAAUCGACAUAAAUGCCAAAAUACGUGAUGUGGGUUUGAGUCAAGCCUUUACAGCAUUUACGGAUUCAUUUAGCGAAAAACCGGGUGAAUGUGAAGUUAUUCACACCGAGAAGACAACACAAUUGUUAUAUCAACCCGAAGCAAACUUUUGGCUCGUUCUAGUUUUAAAUGUUCCCAAGGAAAUACAUUCGAAAGAUGGUGUAGAGUAUCCCGAAUAUCAUAAAUAUGAACUCCAUGAUGCCCUCUACAGACGUCUGCUCAUACAAAGCUAUAAUCGCUUUUGCCUAGAAGAUGGUACAUUCCAAAUGAUCUUGGAUCAGUUUUCCGACAACAAAGAAACGGCUCGUGAUUAUUUAACGCAAAAAUUGGAGAACUUUUUCAAUAAGUAUAUUACCUCCUUAAAGUUGCCAGCUAAUGAUAUUAUUGAAUUUAUGAAUUCAUUGCAAUAUUUACCUUUGGAUAAAUUUCUUUUCCUACGAGUUCACAAUUUCAUAGAUUCCUUAAAGUCCACUUUUCCCACAAUAACUGAUGCAAUUUUUCUCUACAAGGAGUUUGUAGUGGUUGGAGGCAAAUUAAACUCUUCGAAUUUAUUCACCCUCUAUCAGUAUAUAUUUCAAAAUAUUGAAAUAACACAACGAGAUCCCAUGUCUAAUGCUGCACUGAAUAGCCGCAAUAUUUUUCUUAAAACAAAUGGACAACUAGUUUCCUACAAAAUGAUUUUGUUUCCAUCGACAAAUGCCUUGUUGUGCCUGUUCUUUAAACAAACUAUUGAAUUAACUUCUCAACUACUGGACGAAUUGAGCUAUGCCAUAAACUCGCAGCUGUAUGUUUUAUCAAGAGAUAUUGAGGAUUAUUUAGCCAAGCAACCUAAUGCAGUAAAGGCAUCGACUGCGGCAGUCUCAUCAAUCGAUUGUACAAAUAAUGCCGAGUACAUGUCACCCAAGUAUCUGUUUCUAAACGACCAAAGUCUAAAACUAAGCAGUAAUUUGUACGAUGAUGAACCACAGCAUAGGACACCCUUGCCACAGAAUGUAACCAAUCUAAUAGCUGAUUUAUUCAACUCCGCAGACAAUGAAGUUGAGAAGCCUCAAAGAGAUGCUGAUAAAACUAGCUACUCCGAGAUUAUGGUCAAGUCAACCGAUGAUUUUUGGAUUGUAAAAAGGCGCUUCAAUUGGCGCCAGCGUUUUGUGGUAAUAUUCAGUCAAAAGGCUACUCUACUGGAUGUGACAAAAGAAGCAGAACGCAUAUUUGAACAAGAAAUUAAAGAUGGUGUAUUCGCUGACAAAUAAACAAUAUUAUUAAAUAAAUAAA